CCUCCACCGGGCGCAGAUGGAGUGGAGCCCCGGCCUGUAGCUGGAGGGGCAGCAGCGGCGUGGCCGGCGCGACCCCAGGACCCUCGCCGCUAACACCGGUGGGGAGAACAACCCAGGCUUCAGAGUGAGUGGGAGAACAGAGCCCAUGGGGAGAGACUCGCUUUCCCGUGUGACACAGCUAUCAAGUGGCAGAACCAGGACUGGACCUCGUCUUGCUUACUAAGGCCUUCUAUCCACUGUCCUCACUGAAAUGAGUGGAGGCCAGUGUGCCUGGGUCUGCAGAGCACAGUUCAGCACAAGGAAGAAAGGUCCUGUGCCCUACAGUAUGCCUGAAUAUCUGACUGGUCACUCAUCUGAGCCUGGAACUUGUGUCCGCUUAACGAACAGAAUGGCGUUUAAUGAUUGCUUUAGUUUGAACUAUCCUGGCAACCCUCAGCCAGGUGACUUGAUUGAAGUGUUUCGUCCUGGCUAUCAACACUGGGCACUGUACUUGGGUGAUGGGUAUGUUAUCAACAUAGCACCUCUAGACGAUGACAUUUCUGCAUUGUUUACAAGCGCCAAGUCUGUAUUCAGCAGAAAGGCCCUGGUGAAGAUGCAGCUUUUGAAGGAUGUUGUGGGAAAUGACACAUACAGAAUAAACAAUAAAUACGAUGAAACAUACCCACCACUCCCCGUGGAAGAAGUCAUACAACGGUCAGAGUUUGUUGCUGGACAGGAGGUGGAGUAUGACUUAUUUGUCAACAACUGUGAGCAUUUUGUGACUUUGCUCCGCUAUGGAGAAGGAGUUUCAGAGCAGGCCAACCGAGCAAUAAGUACCAUUGGGUUUGUGACAGCUGCCGCUGGUGCCUUCUCUUUCCUUGGCUUGUUUCCAAAAAGACUAAGAGCAAAAUACUAUUAAUUUACUGAAGAGAUAUUGGAGCUGAAGGAAUUUGUGAGGAGGAAAAGAA